CUGAACCUUCCGCAAAGCUUUGUACUUUGGCUUCCUGUUCCAGAUCUUUCAUCUCAUCACAUUCCGCCGCUGCGUUACUGUUGGAUUUAUUACCAGGUUCAAGCGAUCUAUCAACUCACAAGAUGCAACAGGAGGAUCCUAUCGACUUAGUUGCGAGGAUGAUCAGCUGUUUUCAACCGGGUUAUGUGGAGAGGCAGAUGGAAGAAGACGAGUCACUUGCGGAGUUGGUCAUCUCUUUUCGAUCGAUCAAUCCGGAUGAAAAGACGGAAGAAGCAUACUUGGAAAUUAUCAGAAAGACAAUCGGUCAUCUACACGACCGAGUGGACAUCACCAGAUGUCUGAGGAUGAUUCAGAUACUAGAUUUGAAAAGCGUAACUUUGCAAAGAAUGGAACAGAUAAUCUUGCCGGCGUUGAAAGGGAAGCUGCUGUCGUUAUCGCUCGCUUUUAACUCAUCCAGCUCGCAUAAUGAUCCAAAGUCCUGGUAUGAUGUGAUUUUGAACGACUUGAUAGGAAUCUACAACCAUCUGGAGCAGCUUGAGGUCUCGAUGGGCCCGAUUCGGCCUCACGAAAUGACCAAAAGACGAAUCUUUCCAUUCAGAGUCCGCGUCAUUUCACGCCAACUUGCCUACUUGUUUGCCGGCGGACUCCGUCCAUUAUGUGCUGCCUUUGAGAAGUUUGUCGAUCAGUUGAACCUGUCAACUUCAACGGCCAAUCAAGCACUUGAUAUCGCCAGACUGACCACUGUAUCCGUUGAGAAAAUUAACGAUCUUAUUCCAGCGAUCCAAGCACCCUUGUUGCGAGUGGCAAAAGAGGAAUGGAAAGCAAUUGUUGAGGAAAUGAAUUACCCGAGAAAACGGGGCCCCAACUCGCCCGAAAGUGAUGACUCGAUUUCGGAAGCCAGGAAACCAAGACGAGAUAAGUUAAUGAAAGCCGCGACUCCCAUCAGCAAAUUAUUUCGGAUUUAUUUCAAUAAACUUUCCCGAUCUGCGCUCAAUCAAUCAUUAAUAUUUUCUGCUCCAUCGAUGGAGAUGAAAGAGGACCGAUUGAAUCUUUUUUUCCAAAUCGCCCAGGAUACCGAUGAUUCCAUGCAUGAAUUUUUGGACAUGAGCAUCCAUGAACCAAGGGAUCGUGAAGAGCUUCGGGACGUCAUCCUUGAUCUCAAAGACAAGCUUGCUAGAUCGUCGCGAAUCCUGGAAAAAUAUUGGGACUCCUUAUUGCUCAAGGAGGAUCCACGGGUUGAUCAAGAGGCGAUUGCCCAAGCUCGUCAAUGGCUCGAAUCUUGGAACUCUCUGUUUGUCAUUGGGACUGACAAGUUCAUGCAAGUUGCCGGUUAUAGAGGCCUCCGUCGAUGAUCACCCCAAUCACCAUACCGCGACGAGGACCAAGCUACAGUAGGAGGCGGUCUGGCACUGAGGAUCCAUUCAAUUCCGGGUUGAGGCAGACUUGUCGGUCUUCCAAACUGUCUCCUGGAUCUAUAUUGUUGAUCUUGGGCAAGAGGAAAAACUUCGGAAGGGUACUUAUUCGGGAAGAACUGCAUUUUUUUAUCACAACAUCUCAUUCAGUCAAUUUUGCUGCCGAUGGUUUCGCUCCUACUAACACCAAAACAAAACCAAAAAAAAAAAAAAAUCUUUCACAAAGCUU